AUGGAUUUCCUUAAGAAGGUCGGCGAGCACGUCGAGAGCGUUUUGAACAAAAAAGACGAUGAUGAUAAGCACGAUUCUCAAUCACAAUCUCACGGCGGACAGAGCCAGCAGUCCCAUGGGCAAGAUUACGGCUAUAGUCAGUCUCAAGGACAAGGCCAGUAUGGAAGUCAAGGUUAUGGCCAAUCUCAAGGCCAUGGCAGUCAGAGCUACGGAAACCAGGGUUAUGGCAACCAAGGUCCUUCUCAAGGCUACGGGCAGUCCCAGGGAUAUGGACAAUCUCAGGGUCAUGGUAGCCAAGGCUAUGGAGACUCAGGCUACGGCAACCAAGGUCCUCCUCAGAGCUAUGGGCAAUCUCAGAGUUAUGGGCAGUCUCAAAACUACGGACAGCCCCAAGGCUAUGGUUCCCAAGGCCCAACUCAAGGAGGCUAUGACCGGCCACCAAGCGAUGGUCGUCCACAAGGAGGAAAACCAUCUCAUAAGGAUGACCAGUCUCAUGAUUCUGCUGCUCAAUAUCUCCAAAGGCAGCAGGCAGUGAACCGAUAUCAUUCAUUCGCCUCAGAGUCCAAGGGCAACGUCAAGUGGUACGUCGAUGGUGCUUCAUACUUCUGGGCCGUCUCCCAGGCCCUUGAGCAGGCGCAGGAAAGUAUUUACAUUCUCGAUUGGUGGUUGAGCCCUGAGUUGUAUCUUCGUCGCCCUCCUGCUAAGAACGAGCAAUACCGUCUGGAUCGAAUGCUCCAACAGGCCGCACAGCGCGGCGUCCAGGUUUACAUCAUCGUGUAUAAGGAAGUCGAAGCAGCUUUAACUCUCAACAGCAGUCAUACGAGGACUGCUCUUGAAGCGCUGCACAAGAAUAUUCAUGUCUUCCGACAUCCUGACCACUUGCCCACAGGUUACGACCUGCAGAGGGAAUUGGGCAAGUCUAUCAAGGCUCUAACCAACUUUGAUCUUGCCAAAGCAUCUGGAGAUGCUAUCAAGGCUGUCUAUGGUACUGCUGAUGGAGUUGUUCUGUACUGGGCGCAUCAUGAGAAGCUCCUCGUCAUUGACAACGGCAAGAUUGGGUUUAUGGGAGGACUGGAUAUGUGUCACCCCAUCGCCGACGCUCAUCCCGGUAACUUGGAUGCCAUUAUUUUCCCAGGACAAGACUACAACAAUGCUAGAGUCUACGACUUCGCUGAUGUUAAGGACUGGGAUCAAAACAAGCUCGACCGAACUAAGAGCUCGAGAAUGGGCUGGAACUUCAUCUUCAAAGACAAGUACAAGGAAAAGAACCCCGGCAAGUAUCACAAACUCGAGCUGCCACCACGAGACACCUCCGGUUCUGGAGAUAGACGAUCCAGGGGCGAAGAUGACUAUUUGGGUGGCUUAACACAACAGUUUAGCCGUGGCAUGGAUAGACUGAGAUCGUUUGGGGAGCACGAUGACUCUCACCGUGACCGUGGGCACAGAUCUGAAGGCCAUGGUGACAUGCCUCACAUCCAGAUGAUUCGAAGCUGUGCUGAGUGGUCGUCUGGCCACCCUCUUGAGCGUUCGAUCCAGAACGCAUACAUCGACGCCAUCAAGAACUCUAGGUUCUACGUUUACAUUGAGAACCAAUUUUUCAUCACUGCUACCGAUGAUAAGCAACGAGUUGUUAAGAACAAGAUCGGUGCUGCGCUGGUAGACCGAAUUAUCCGCGCUGACCAUGAAGGAACACCCUUCCAUGUCUGGGUUCUGAUGCCAGCCGUCCCGGCCUUUGCGGGAGACUUACAGGAUGAGGGAGCGCUGGGAACCAGAGCCAUCAUGGAGUUUCAAUAUGAUUCAAUCUCUCGUGGUGGGUACAGUAUAAUCGAAAAGCUUCAGAAGGCAGGCAUCCGAGAUACAUCCAGAUACAUCGGAUUCUACAACCUCCGAAACUUUGAUCGAAUCAAUACUUCCAAGACAAUGGCUGAUGCCGAAGCCCGAACUGGUGUGUCUUACGAAGAGGCUCGAAAGGAGAGAGACCGUGAACUGGGCGGUUACCCAGAUGAGGGAUCAGGAAGGGCAGCACGAGAUCAGUACCAACAGAGUCGAGGCGAUUUUUCAAGCUCACGAGGAGGCGAUAACUAUGAAAGUCGAGGUUAUGGGGACCGAACUCAGCGAGAUGAUUACCACCAGGAGUCUCAGAGGGGCUACAACUCCCGACCAGACAGCAGACGCCAGGACGAUGACUACCGUGGAGGCCACUCAGGGUCCAAGUACAGACGUGAUAGCGACAGUGAUGAUGACCGCCGAGGUGGCUACUACGGUAGACGACGUGACAGUGAUAGCGACGAUGGCCGUCGAGGCGACAAGUAUGGGCGUCAACCAACCCGAGACCCAUAUGCCCACCCUGGAGCCGAUCCUCGAUUUCAGUCCAGGCCACAAGGCUAUUCUCAGCAGGGAUAUGGACGUGAUGACGACUACCGAGGUUCUUCGCAGCAAAGUUACGGCGAUCGGGGCGACUAUGGAGAGCGGCCAGACGCAGGAUAUGGACGACCUGAGCGCAACCCCUAUGAGCAUCCUCAAGCUGACCCACGUUACAGUGGGAGACAAGAUUCUGAUAGUUACGGCUCCCGCCGCGAUGAUCGUCCACAGUAUGGCGAACACUCUAGCUCUUCCCGAUAUGAAAGCCGGGAACAGCGUUACUCGGGCCAUUCUGAUUCAAGAUAUGACGACCGGCCACAGCGAAAGGAGCAAGGGGGCUACUCCCAGGGGGGUCAUUCCCAAGGAAGUGGUGCAGAUUCAUACCAAAGAUACCAACAAGGGGCUAGCAAAGUUGGCGACAACACUCUUGACACUAUCAGCUCCUGCUAUAUGGACAAAGGACCUAGAGUCACUGAUCUGCGCUGGGAUGGCAACCCUGAAGACGAGAUUAACGCUUUCGUCUCUGAGGAGUUGUACAUCCACAGCAAGCUUCUCAUCGUCGAUGACCAGCUUGUUAUUUGUGGCUCAGCCAACUUGAACGACCGCUCACAACUCGGCGACCACGACUCUGAAAUCGCAGUUGUCAUCGAAGACCCUACACCUGUAGAGUCAUACAUGAACGGACGUCCCUACACGGCCUCUCGCUUCGCUGCUUCUCUGCGUCGCUUCCUCUUCCGCAAGCACCUCGGCCUUGUUCCCGAUCAACGUUGGGAUCAACCAAACCGAAACUGGACACCCGUCGACCGAGACCCCAACGAUUACGACUGGGGUUCUCCAGCCGAUCACCUCGUCGUUGAUCCGCUGAGCCCGGAUUUUCAACGUCUCUGGACCAGCACUGCUCGUGUGAACACCGAGACAUUUGAUCGAGCAUUCCACCCUGUUCCCACCAACAGAGUCAGGACUUGGAAGGAGUACGAUACUUUCUUCUCUCAGUACUUCAUCAUCCCUGGUAAGAAGGACCAGGAUGUCAAGGCAGAGCUCAAGAAGGGCAAGGUCGAGUAUGGCCACAUUGUGAAAUCUGAGUUCCCUGGUGGUGUGAGGGAGGUUAGGGAGUGGUUGUCACGAAUCCGUGGUACACUCGUCGAGAUGCCUCUUGAUUUCUUGGUUGAUGCUGGAGAUAUCGCUAAAGAAGGCUUGACCUUGAAUAAUCUCACAAAUGAGCUCUAUACUUGA